AAUUGAUGAUGCGCAGAGAGGCAUUGAAUCCAUCAACUUCCGGUGGUGAAUUGCAGCAUCAAAAUAAAGAAAACAUCCCGACUUCUAAACACGUUUUCGAAAGUCAUCUAGUCCAUCCUUCCAAUGAAUACGUGACCAAAAGCCAUGGGUGAGGUAACCAGUCAGGGUCAGAACAUGGACCUUCUUUUUGAGGUUCCUGAUCUGACCCCUGGAGUCGGAGAUGAAGAAAUGAAGGACCAAGGGACGAGAAAUGGUGGUGCCACAUCCCCAAGCUCUGCAACUCCAUCCAGUAAAAUGAACUGUAUUGAUUCCAUCCCAAUUGCUACUUCCAUUCCAUUUAGCGAUGUGCGCACAGAACUUCUCCAGAAGGGUAACCAGCUGUCACAGAUGUGGGCUGACCUACUUGGGACUCUUAUGAAAUACCAAGCUGGAUUAGUGUCCAUGGAGGUCAAGCUGGCUGCCAAUGGUGCGGGUAGUUUAAAACCUGUGCAAAUCGACCAGGAAGAUUGUUCAUGUGGGGGGAAUGGUAAUUGUGCUAAUACUGAGAAAAUAAGACGAAUUCAUGACGAAAUGUCUGUGAAAGAUCGUCUGCUGCUGAAAUGUCAGAGAGACUUGUUAGCCACUGAAGCGCGACUUACAGACACCCAAAAAGACUUGGCUGAAACCAAAGAAGUUCUGAAACAAUCAAAAGUUGAGCUCCGGUCGAAAAAUGAAAGGUUAUCGAAACUUGAAGUUGAUGUUCAAAAACUACAUGAAAAGGUCAGGUUCCUGCAAUCGGAGGCUAACACCAAGGAUAUUCUUUUGUCCAAACUUCAAAGUGAAAUGGUCCGCGAUAAUGGUGAAUUAACAAUGGAGAUCAACAAGAUUAAAAUGUCUCAUGAAAAUGAUAAACAGCACUUGAAGAUCGAGAUCAGCGGUUUGAAGAGAAAUCUGGACAUGGAGAGGCGGGCUCAUGAUGAGACAAAGAGGAUGUUCCGGGAGUCUGAAAGGGUGCGCUCCAUUGAUGCAAAGAAUAAUAAUGAUGAAGAUAAGCUGCCAGAAGACCAUGAUGAGACAGAUGCAAUGGAGAUGGAACCUGAGGUAGCCGGACUGCGGAGUCGGUCAUCAUCGGAUGAUUCCACAGAGGCACAGGAUUUGUCAACACAUGGCCGGGAAUCUAGUUCAGAAACCGUUCAGCAUUCUGCUUCAAAAGGUGAGACCCACAAUUGCAAAGAUGGCGACUUCAAAGUGAUGCCAGAGUUCUUCCUGCCAAUGAGCACCUCUCUUCCACUCCAAGGGUUUGAGACGCCCCCUGGUUGCCCGACACUGCCGCUCAUGUCACAUUCAGCUGGGAGCACAUCACAGGCCCUUCUUGAACACAGGUUGAAUACCUCUCUGCCAGGGACAUCAGGCCUUGAUUGCAUCGAGGGGAAAGUCAAGCUAGAGUCAUGUAGGGGAGGGCCAAAGGUUCCACUGAGUUUAACCCCUCUGACUGGCAUCUACAGAACAGGAUUAGGAAACUCGCGAUUCCGAUGCAAAUCUGGGAUCUACCGAUGCACUGACUGUGGCAAUACGUACAAUCAUUCGAGCAGCCUAUCACGCCAUCGUUUAGUCCAUCGGCAGCAACACCUGUCGUGCUCCUGGUGUAAUGAGUCCUUCAACAAGUACAUCCAUUUGAUGCAGCACCGCAAAGUCUGUGCGCAACGCAAUAACCAGAAUACAAAUGAGUACGUCAUGAAGCUGCUUGAUGCGCCGAGGUUGGACGACCCCGAUCAUGACCAUGACGAUGAAGAUGACGACAAUCAUCCUGAUAUGUCACCUGAUGAUGGCAGGUCUUAAACGUCAUGUCGUGAUACGAGUGGGUCACUUAUAGGAUAUUAUACUUGCUGUAUUAUUUGACUUGUGAUGCCAUUCAGAUGUCUUCCAUACUGCCAUACAUCCCUUUGAGUGCAUUCCCCCACACUGCAUAGGAAUUUUUGUGGUGUGUUUUGGUGAAGUGUUAGCACAAUGUAAUAAUCGAAAAAUUUACUUAUUGUUCAAUGAGGGGUGGGACUUGGUUGGCCCAAUUCACCAGUGUCAGCUGGAAAUCUUGACCUACUUUCGGCCAACCUUGUAGUGUGGGGGAAUCGUACACUUGGAUGCUCACGCUUUUUCAAAUUUGAUCAUGUCAUGAAGUCAUUUCCUUUCAACUUUAUUACUGACCCUUGUACUUUGGCUGUCCAAUGCAGAAAGUGGUAACUUCAGAUAUCAUUUCAACGUGUUUUUAUGGUUUAAAAGCUACUCUUUCGCAGACAAAAUGUGUAUUCAUUUUUGAAUUAAGAAUGUGUAUAGUUCAUAAAACUGUGUAUAGUUCCCCAUAAAUGAUUUAUCAAGUUGAGUUAAUCCAAAACAUUGGCGUGUGCUUGUUGCAAGUAAAUUGUUGUAUUAGCUUUAUGCAUUGGACAGUUUUUAAUAUAUGUUCUCAAGAGGCAUUUCCAACAUUUGAUACGAAGGAAUCUUUCUUCCUUCAAUAUUUGGUAAAGUACCAUAAGCGAUGUGUAGUCUUCCAAGUGAAUUAGUUAGGUGUCGGUUGUUAUGGUUUAAAUCUGAUGUAUGUGGGUUUGGUGAUGGUACCUGGGAUGUGGUCUAGUGUAGCAGUUAAUUGUUAGCCAUCCAGUUCAUUGCUAGAACUUGUCGGCUCUUUGGUAGCAUCUUUACCAGUCAUUUGGGACUGACGGCUUAUCAUCAAAUCGAUCCAAAUUUUCUUUGGAUCUGAAAAUGGAGUAUUGUCAGAUUGUCUGAUCCUUCUUUGGAUUUCGAGUUUCCACUGAUCAAAUAUUGUCAGAUUGUCUGACCCUUCUUUGGAUUUCGAGUUUCCACUGAUUAAAUAUUGUCAGAUUGUCUGAUCCUUCUUUGGAUUUCGAGUUUCCACUGAUCAAAUAUUGUCAGAUUGUCUGACCCUUCUUUGGAUUUCGAGUUUCCACUGAUCAAAUAUUGUCAGAUUGUCUGACCCUUCUUUGGAUUUCAAGUUUCCACUGAUCAAAUAUUUCCAUUUCUUAAGGUCUAGUAUGUACAAUGACUGUACUGUUGCUUCCCAAAUGGUUUUAGUGGAGAAUUGUUGUGAAUAGUAUCCAGGGAAUAAGCAUUGUACUUAUAGAGAAACUUGGAAGAUAUUUUUCAUAUUUGUGGUUAAAUACUAGUGGGGCUUACAUCGCUGUGCACAGACUUCAGAAUUUUGCUUGUUGGUAGAGGCGCUAUAAAGGGAAGUGUCUAUUGGAAUAGAAAACGUUCCAAUUUGACAGGCUCUGGUGUUUUCUUGUUCUCUGACUUGAAUGAAAUCUGUGAAGUCCUAAUGCCAUAUUAAAAUGAUUGUAAGGCCAGUUUUAGAAUGGGGUCAUGGUUUUGCUUACAUGUGUUCAUAGCUUGUUGGUACUGGGGUAACAACCCCCAAAAUUUUUAUGCAUAGUUAUUAAUAACUUGUGGUGCUUAUGUAGUAUCCUUUAAAUUAGGCUUUCAUACUAGUCUGAGUGCUUAUUAAUGUAUGAAAUCAUGUCAUGAAAAGUCUGACCGGUUUAUGUCAAUGUGUUCUUUUUUGAGAGGUCAAGGUGAUUAGAAUUAAAAAUAAUGUUUUCCCUAGCAAGAUUUUUAUCAUUCGAGUACAAAACGAAUCACUGUAAACUGUGAAAUGCUUUUGAGCUGAAAUUUCAUGUUUUGAUGGCACCUUUGCAAAAAAAUCUUAUGGUCUACAGGGGGUCAUGAAAACUGCAAGUGUCUAGAGGUUGUUUAAUAGGAUUGAAGGGCAACAUUCAGUCUCAGGUGCGUGCUACCUACUAUAAUGAUAAAAAUCUCUGUUGGGAGCCCUGAUGGUAAAAGGGAUAUGUAAUCAUAUAUUUGCAUUUAAACGACUUCAGCCAGAGCUUGACGUUGAAUGAAGUGAAUUGUAUUCAAGAAUGGUAGCCUACAAGGUAUUGUUUGUAGAUUUUAAAAGGCCAGAUAUAAUUGUAUAUUCUGAUUGGUUACUGAAUGGGGUAGCAGACUUUUGAUGAAUCCCUGCAGAUGACGCAGUGAGGCGUGUAUCUUUUCAGGGCCAAAAACAUCGUCAUGCGGUGUUACGUGAAAUGAGCCAACAGGGCCAGUAAAUAGUGUCACAACGUCAGAUUGGAUCUCACGGUCUCACCGUGGUCAUUUUACUUGUUUGUUGAUUUUCUGGUAUUCAAACUGACCCCCCUCAUGAGACCUGAAAAGGUGCAUGAAGGACUGCGCCCCAUGGCAGAUAUGAUUCGCCACCUCAUUGGUGAUGGUUAAGUUAUAUAUAGUGUGAGAAUAUUGAAGAGGCAUUCGAUGAUCCUGCAUUUCCUAGGGGAUACGUCCUGGUAAAUAUUGGGGUAGUUGCGUUACUUGUUUAGUCAGAUUGCAUCGGUUUACUGUUUCAAUUUUCUGAUGCAUUUCUGUUGCCUUUGAAAAGUCCUAAAAGGAAUAAUGGUGUUGGCAUAUAACUUUUGUGUGAGAUGAUGUCAAUGGCUACUUCCGUCAAACAGUAUUUCAAAUCCAAAAGAUUGCUUAGGGAAAUCUACAAGUGCCACCUGGAUGUAGCCAUGAAUAUUAUUUCACCCUGAACUAUAUUAUAGGCCAACAUUUUUUUCCUUUAUGAGAUUAAAUGAAAUGCUAUCAAAAACAAAAUACCAUUUGGUAAGUGCCAAAGUAGAACACAAUAGGUCAAAUGUUACAUUCCAAACUAAUUUUCUGAUCAGGUUUACAUGGUCAGACAAAGUGUUGAUGUUGUCCUUGUCUUAUACGUAUUGUUUUGUUUUGAGAGAAAAAACUUCUGCCACUGAUUGAUAUUCCAUACAUUUAGGACCAAAUUUACAUUAAAUUGAUUGUUUCUAGUUAUUGGAUAGAUUGUGAUGUCCUUGGUUAUGUAAGAAUUAUUUGUUCUAAUACUUAGUGCUGAUUUAGUUGUGCAUUAGUUUUCCUGACCCUAAAUUUGAUCGCAGGAUCAAAUACUUUUUGACGCAUUGUGCUAUAAAAGCCUAGCCUUCUUUGAAAACCAAGAAAGUUCUAAACAUGGACAGGAUGUUUGCCAACCAUGUCCAAUUCACUUAUUUUGUAUUACGUAGUACAUAUUACCAAGAUCAUACCAGAAUCCUGUAUGAUGAUUUUUUGGGUUAGGGUGUAAAUGUUUUCAUUUUCUUGUUAGGAUUAAUGCUUAAGCUACAUAAACGAUUGGUGAUUAAGCUAUUCUUCUCAUGAAAUGAUGGAAAGUUGAAAUAGUAAUGAUAUUUUAAGAUGUGUUAUUGAUGCCAAAAUCAUUUAUUUUAUCAUGGUUUGUUUAUAUAUUUUGAUUGUGGUUUUGGAUUUGGGUCACGCCAAUAUAUAGUUAGGUCAUUUGUGCUUGUGUUAAGAGUUUAAUUAAUUGAAAAUUAGAAUAGUUGAUUAGUGAAAUUGCCGAUUUGUUCAGUUUGCUCUGCAUUUACCUGACAUAGGAUACUGUCAAAAUUUUGUCCUAGUCCCAAAAUUUUACCUCAAAACGGGGUUAAAGUCAAUAGAAUCAAUUUUGAUCCAAGUCACUAUCUGCCGUUGUCUGAAAUCAAUUUAAAGUUCAAUGAUGUUUUGUGAAUUUUACUUGCAUUUUGCUCAUGACUGAAUAUGCUACAAAAUUGUUUUAAAUGUAAUUCCUUUCAUUGUCUACAUGACAAUGUGUGCUACGGAGAAAAAACAACUUCUUUAUAUUUAUUUCCUAUUUCACUGCAAGAUUUCUUUAAUCAGUCUUUACCACAAAACUGUCUUAAUUUACGACAUUUUGCAAAUUAAUAUGCAAUAGCAAUGUUUAAGCAAUAGUAUAAGAAUAAAAUCCUGUUGUUAAGAUAAUUUUGUACUUUGAAAGUCUUUUGUUUGUUCUGUCACUUGUGUGUUUCCAAAAACACUUGCGUGAAAAUCGUCUUCCACAUUUAAGGGGUAGAUCAUUUUGGUCUCUGCAGGUUCUCUAUAAUGUUCUUACAUCAAAUGUUAAGAUCAGGUUCCUUCAUUCAGAAACGCAACUUACUAGUACCUAUAUCUACUACUGCUUUGUGGCCAAGUUCUUAUCUAAUUACCCGCAAGCCAUGUGUAUUUCAUGAACAGGAAUGAAUGAACCUGUAGUCUUCCAUUGUGAAAAAUACACCACGCAUACUCAAUACUAUGUAAAAUUGUAAAGAGUGCUGAGUGAAGAUUUUUAUGCUGUAUUAAUUGAAUAAUUCUUAUACUUCUAUGUAUUAUGUUCUUCCCUAAUUACUAUUUAAUUACAUUUUACUGUUGACUGGAUUGAUGAAUGUCAAAAUAAAACUAUUUCUUUGAAUUGGCGUUCUCGAAAUAUAAAAGGUAAUGCAAAUUUCAGUUUACUUUUGGGCAGUUUUAUGAAUUCAGUAAAGACGCCAUUAUUUUUGUGAGCCCUUCCAUUUUUUACAAAGUUUCAGAGCAGAGGUUUCAGCGCAGUAUAUGUAUCAAGGGUUUAUUAUUACCAGAUAAUGGUAUUGUCCUUUGAAAAGUACAUUUAGCUGUAGAAAAUGAAGCUCAGUGGCAUACUUGGUGUCCAGUCCUCAAUCCAAGGGUCAUGGGUUCAAAUGCCGCUCUGGUCGCAUCUUGGCCCUUAAGAGGUUGAGAUCCGGUGUGAUACAGACUCUUAGUCUUGUCAAUGAAAAAUCACAAGUGGGAUGUAAAAACUGCCAUUAUUAUGUUACGUCGAGUACGACUUUGGCCACAAAAAUAUGGGGUCCUAAAAAACGUCUAUGUGUAUCUCUUUUUCUUCACUUUAUUAUAGAUUAUUAAAAUCUUUCUAGAAAUUGGACCACUAUUCAUGUGAUUUAGUUUGAUUCAUUGGUUGUGACUAUUUAAGCUAAGAUAUACAAUUAUGUGUUUUCUAUUAGGGAGUUGAUUAUCUUCUCUCUGUUCUUCAUGGUCUGACUCGGUUAGAAUAUAUAACAUCAGCAAUGGGUGAAUGAAAAGCACCCUUAUUUCCUGCAUUUAUCGAGAGCAUUUUAAUGUAUUCAAGUCUACUAAUUCUUUUAACCAUCUAACAUAGUCAUAAGUAGAUAUUCUAACAAUAGAUGAAAUCGCCUGUAAGUGUCCGUGUAAGAUUUGGAUUUAAAUGGGUUUAUUUUUUGUGACAAAUGCAUUUUGCUAAAUUCUUAAGAAGCAUACAUGGGAGUUUACAGAGCGUCACUAUCGAGUCAGACUGUGAAAAACAGUCAUUUAUGCAUUAUAUACUAGUACAUUCUUUCAUAUGGGCCAUAAUGAGGCUGGGUUUCAAAAAUAUUUGGUCCGUUUCUGUUUGUGACUUUGAAUUUGUAUUUUCUAAUAAUGGCAACGAUUUUACAUCUUGGCUCCUCUGAUGUACCAGAUUUGAGUUACAAACAAAAAAGCUUUAAAGAUCUGGAUGUGCCAUGUGUGAUCUGAGAUUCAUGGGUCCUAUAUGCCAGCUGGGGCCAGCCAAUGUCGGCUCACUGCAAUUGGCACCCGCGGUUUCAAACAAGCACAUGUAGCCUGAAGUCAAUUGGGGGGUUUGAUUCCUCAUCCCAUAAUGAAUUAUCCUGAAAUCAAUUGGGGGGUUUAAUUCCUCAUCCCAUAAUGAAUUAUCCUGAAGUCAAUUGGGGGGUUUGAUUCCUCAUCCCAUAAUGAAUUAUCUAAGUGGUAAAACUGCAUCAUGAUAACUUAUUCUAACAACACAGUAUCAUCUAAAAAACAAAUUUGAACUCUCUGGAAGAAAUUCUUGGAACACGUGCCCUGACUAUAUGUACCAAAUAUUUUUGACUCCUCGUCAAAUUAUAUAAUCUUCCAUAAAUGUGUGUAUACAUUCAUUAUGCUGCAAUCCUUUAGCUAAAUCAAUGCAGUCGUGUUUUACUGCGGUUGUUGUAUUAUUGAGACUUAUUUUCAUAACGAACAUAUUUGUAAUAGGAUUUAGGUAAAGGUUAAUUAUUGUUAUAUAGAAGGAGCGGGUGUGUAUCGAUCUUAUAGCAGUUCCAUUUGUAUAGGCUAUUAUCAAUCACAAAGUGAUUGAAGCUGAUUUAAAAUGUAUUUAGGAGGUUGAGAAUAUAUUACAAAAAAUAAAAGCAAUACCUUGUAUAAAA